CUGGGCAGAGACGGGGGUUACAUCAACGCCAACUUCAUCAACAUGGCGGUGAAGGACGAGAGCUUCCUGUACAUCGCCUGCCAGGGGCCCCUGCCCACCACUCUGGGCGACUUCUGGCAAAUGGUGUGGGAGCAGAAGUCCAACGUGAUCGCCAUGAUGACGCAGGAGGUGGAGGGCGGCAAAGUGAAGUGUCAGCGCUACUGGCCGGACACCCCCAGGACGGCGGAGAUGGUGGACGACCGGCUGCAGAUAACGCUGAUCAAAGACCAACACCUGGACAACUUUGUCAUCCGAGUCAUCGAGGUCAAAGACGUCCAGACUAACGAGGUCCAGAGCGUGACCCAUCUGAACUACACCGGCUGGCCGGACCACGGGACGCCCUCCCAGCCCGAGCAGCUGCUCACCUUCAUCUCCUACAUGCGGCACGUGCACCGCUCGGGCCCCGUGGUGACCCACUGCAGCGCGGGCAUCGGCCGCUCGGGGACCCUCAUCUGCAUCGACGUGGUCCUGGGCCUCAUCAGCAAGGACGCCGACUUUGACAUUUCAGAUGUGGUGAGGAACAUGAGGCUCCAGCGCCAGGGGAUGGUCCAGACCGAGGAUCAGUAUAUAUUCUGCUACCAAGUCAUCCUGUAUGUCCUCAGAUGCCUUCAGGCAGAAGAAAACAUCUCAGGACAGUAA